AUGGCUACUGCCAUCGUAUAUGGUCUUGACAAGAACGAAUGUAUUGACCAUGGUAAUGGAACCUCGAUUCUCGACAGAAUUCUCCACUCUUCACUCUCACUUUCAACUCCGGAACACUAUAUUCUAUACUCGUCGAACCACUACUUUGCAUUGUUGAUCUUUUCAUGGUCUCUUGACAACAUUAUCAAUGACAAGCUCUAUGAACACCAGGUGAUGAUGGAAGGAAGUUAUUUGGGGAAGGAAAAAGAAGAUGAUCAGCGUCGUGAUGACUUUACACAGAUGAUAUUUUCAUGGUCUCUUGAUGAUAUUCUCAACGAGGAUCUCUACAAAUACCAGGUGGAGAAAAUACCACUUACUUUUAGCUCAAAGGAACAAUAUUUUGGUUCAUUUAUUUAUCCUUUGCUAGAGGAAACACGUGCAGAUUUGGCUUCUUCUAUGGAGAUCAUGUAUAGAGCUCCAUUUGCUGAAGUUUUUUCUUUCAGUGAGGUGAAACACAAAGCUGAUUGGAAACCCGAAUUUGGCUAUGAUUUGCAUCAAACUGGAAGAACAUGGGCUUUUGCAUUGGUUAAAACCAUAGAAGAUGAUGAAGAUAGUAACACUUCUGUACGUUUUAAAGUUAAAACAUUACAUCAAAUUGAAUGCCAAGAUGGUUUGUAUGUUGUUUUCUUGAUGAACAUAACCACCAACAAAAGAAUCUGGAAUUCGUUGCACAUGAAUCGGAAUUCAAAUAUCAUUAAAGAGAUUCUUUACUCUGAUAAUAUGGUGAAGGAAAACUAUGAUGGUUGUUCUUCUGGUUUAAGUUUUUUUGAAACUUUGGAUUUAAGUCUUGUAUCAAAGCUGAAUGAAUCUCAACAAGAGGCAAUUAUGGCUUCAAUUGGUAAAAUGGGAUGUUCUCAUAAUUCAUCUGUGGAACAAAUAUGGGGCCCACCUGGAACAGGGAAGACAAUGACAGUAAGUGUGAUGCUCUCUAUCUUUUUGCAAAUGAAGUGUAGGACACUUACAUGUGCUCCAACUAAUGUGGCUGUUGUUCAAGUGGCUUCACGUGUGUUAAGUUUGGUGAAGGAAUCGUAUAAAACUAGAAUUGCAAAUGGUGAUUGUUUUUAUUCUAUUGGAGAUUUGUUGUUGUUUGGGAACAAGGAGAGGUUGAAAGUUGGGAAUGAGAUUGAAGAAAUCUAUCUUGAGAAUAGGAUUAAGAGGCUUACAGAGUGCCUUGGAUCUUUGACUGGUUGGAAGCAUUGUUUAAGAACUAUGAUUGAUUUGCUUGAAGAUUGUGUUUCUCAGUAUUGUGUUUAUGUAGAUAAUGAAAAGUUUAAAGAAGAACAACUUAGAAAGGAAAAGGAAAAUGAAAAGGAACAUGAAAAUGGAAGUGAAAUCAGCAAUGUUGAAGUGAAAUCAUUUGUUGAGUUUUUGCAAGAUCGAUUCAGUUCUUCUGUAUUUCCACUCAGAACUUGCAUCAUUACAUUUUGUACUCAUAUAUCAAGAAGUUUUUUAACAGAAGAAACUUUCCAAAACAUGGUUUCUCUUUUGAACAUUCUUUGUUCAUUGGAAUCGUUGUUUCAAGAUAAUCUUGAUUCAGAUGAACUUGAGGACCUUUUCAGUUCUAAACCAAUGGAAGAUGAUUUUGAAAAGUUAUGGGAUAUUGAUAUCCAAUCUAUCAGAUCUAAGUCUAUUUCCAUUAUGAAAACUCUACAAAGAUCUCUUGAAAAACUUCGACUUCCCAACAUUCUGAACAAAUAUGCAAUGAUGGACUUCUGCUUUCAAGGCGCUUCACUUAUAUUCUGCACAACAUCAAGUUCUUACAAAUUGCAUACUGUUGAAAUGAAGCCUUUGAACUUUUUAGUCAUUGACGAAGCUGCUCAGUUGAAAGAGGCUGAAUCCACUAUUCCUCUUCAACUUCAUGGAAUUAAGCAUGCUGUUCUUAUUGGAGAUGAAUGCCAAUUACCUGCAAUGGUUACAAGUAAUGUUUCUGCUGAAUCUGGUUUUGGAAGAAGUUUAUUUGACAGAUUGAGUUCUUUGAGACAUUCAAAGCAUCUACUGAAUGUUCAGUAUCGAAUGCAUCCAUCCAUUAGUCUCUUUCCAAACUUGACAUUCUAUCAGAAUCAAAUUCUUGAUGCUGAAAAUGUGACAUGUAAAAGUUAUGAAAAGAAAUAUCUUUCAGGACCAAUGUUUGGUCCAUAUUCAUUUAUAAAUAUUGUUGGUGGAAGAGAAGAAAAGGAUGAUGAUGGAAGGAGUCGAAGAAAUUUGGUUGAAGUAGCUGUGGUGAUUAAGAUUGUACAAAGUCUAUACAAAGCAUGUUAUGAGUCCAAGAAGAAGCUAAGUAUUGGUGUGGUAUCUCCAUAUGCUGCACAAGUUGUUUCAAUUCAAGAAAAACUUGCUCAUAAGUAUGAUAAAGUUGAUGGGUUUUCAGUGAAUGUGAAAUCAAUUGAUGGAUUUCAAGGUGGAGAAGAAGAUAUAAUUAUUUUAUCUACAGUAAGAUCUAAUACACGUGGCUCUGUUGGCUUCAUAGAUAGUCCUCAAAGGACUAAUGUUGCCCUGACAAGAGCAAGACAUUGUCUUUGGAUAUUGGGAAAUGAGAGAACACUAGUCAACAGUGAAUCUGUAUGGGAAGAUAUAGUCAAAGAUGCCAUUAAUCGUGAGUGUUUGUUUGAUGCUGAUGCUGAUGAGUUGUUGAGAAUGACAAUAAUAUCUGCAAAGAAAGAGCUUGAGCAACUUGAUGAUCUUGUUAAUGGGAAAAGUGUACUUUUUAGACACGCAAAAUGGAAGGUUCUAUUCAGUGAUGAUUUCAGAAGAUCAUUUGCAAAGCUGAAACAUGCUCGAUUGAAGAAGGUGGUUUUAAAUCUUUUACUGAAACUUUCUUCAGGCUGGAGACCUAAGAACAGAAGUGUAGACUUGUGUUGUGAAAGAUCAUCUCAGAUUAUGAAACAAUUUAAGGUUGAAGGGUUGUAUGUUGUAUGCACUGUUGACAUUAUCAAGGAAGUCAAGUACAUACAAGUACUAAAGAUUUGGGAUCUUUUACCUUUUGAUGAGAUUUCAAAACUCACAAAACGUCUUGAGAACAUAUUUGCUGCAUACACUGAUGAGUAUAUUAGUCAUUGCACAGCAAAAUCUUUGGAGGGGGAUUUGGAAGUUCCCAGAAUAUGGGCAGCUACCCCUGAGAUUAUCAGAUUUCGUAAUCUAAAUAGCUGUGAAGAUGAAAGUGAUCUGAGUACAAAUGGUGAUGGAAGAAGCUAUGUUGAGAACUCUAAAGUGAUUGAAAGUUUAUUGCUUAUGAAGUUCUACUCCUUAUCAUCUGGAGUGGUGAAUCAUUUGCUUUCUGGGAAAGAUAUUGAUCUACCAAUGCAAGUAACUGAUGAACAGAUGGACAUAAUCUUAUUUAGAAAAAGUUCAUUCAUAAUUGGGAGAUCAGGAACUGGAAAAACCACCAUUUUGACAAUGAAAUUAUACCAAAAUGAACAAUCUUUUCGCUUUGCUUCUAAAGGGUUUGAUGAAGCAGAAAGCAGUGGAGUUAAAGAUGUUGAAAGUGAUGAUGAUCAUGAAAAAGAAAACAAACCGAUUAUUUUGCGACAGCUUUUUGUGACAGUUAGUCCGAGAUUGUGUUAUGCAGUGAAACACCAUGUUUCCCACCUUACAAGUAUUUCAAGUGAUGGGAAUUCAUCUGGAGAGAUUAAUCUUGAUGAUGUUGAUGUGGUAGUAGACUCCAAUGUUCCAGACACAUUUGUUGAAGUCCCUGAAAAAAGUUAUCCUCUUGUUAUGACAUUUGAGAAGUUUUUAAUGAUGAUGGAUUGCACAUUGGGAAAUUCUUUCUUUGAAAGAUUUCCUGAAGCAAGAGAAGGUUCUCAUGGAAACCAUAUAAGUUCAAGAUCCAUUGCAUUGCAAACUUUCAUAAGAUCAAGGAAUGUCACAUUCGACAAAUUUCAUCUACUUUAUUGGCCCCACUUCAAUUCGAAUCUAAAAAAGAAGCUUGAUGCCUCCAGAGUGUUCACUGAGAUAAUCUCUCAUAUAAAAGGAGGCUUGCAUGCAGGAGCUAGCUGUAAUGGCAAAUUGAGCUAUGAGGAUUAUUCUUUAUUGUCUGAAGUACGUGCAUCCACUUUAACAAAACAAAAGAGAGAUGAUAUUUACACCCUUUUUCAAUCCUAUGAAAAGAUGAAAACCGAACGUGGGGAAUUCGAUUGGGGUGAUUUAGUAAAUGACCUUCAUCAUCGACUUAAAAGCAGGCGUUAUGAAGGUGAUCAAAUGGAUUUUGUAUAUAUUGAUGAAGUUCAAGAUCUUAGCAUGAGGCAGAUUUCUCUUUUCAAAUACAUUUGCCAAAAUGUUGAAGAAGGAUUUAUUUUUGCUGGUGAUACUGCACAAACCAUUGCAAGAGGGAUUGAUUUCAGGUUUGAAGAUAUAAGAUCUCUGUUCUACACUGAGUUUUUAAGCUCUGGAAAACAAGAAAAAGGUCAAGUUUCAGAGAAGUUUCAGUUGAAACAAAACUUCAGAACUCAUGCAGGUGUUCUUGAAUUAGCUCAAAGUGUCAUUGAAAUUCUAUACCAUUAUUUUGCUCAUUCAAUUGACCUUUUGGAGCCUGAGACUAGUCUCAUUUCUGGAGAAGCUCCUGUUUUGCUUGAAUCUGGAAAUGACGAAAAUGCCAUCGUGACAAUCUUUGGUGGGACCGGAUCUAGUGGAGAAAUUAUUGGUUUUGGAGCUGAACAAGUGAUAUUGGUACGUGAUGAUUCUGCAAAGACUGAGAUUUGUGAAUAUGUUGGAAAACAAGCUCUUGUGCUUACUAUAGUAGAAUGUAAGGGUCUUGAGUUUCAGGAUGUAUUGCUUUACAACUUUUUUGGGACAUCACCUUUGAAAGAUAGGUGGAGAGUUAUAUAUGGAUACAUGAAUGAUCAAGAUUUGCUUGAUGGGAAACUUUUUCCCUCUUUUCCAACCUUCAAGGAGUCAAAACAUAAUGUAUUAUGUUCCGAAUUAAAACAACUGUAUGUUGCUAUAACUCGAACAAGACAAAGGCUUUGGAUAUGUGAGAACAAAGAAGAGCUCUCAAAGCCAAUGUUUCACUACUGGAAGAGAAAGGGCCUUGUUCAAGUUAGGAAGUUGGAUGAUAGUGUAGCACAGGCUAUGAGGGUAGCAAGCAGCCCUCAAGAGUGGCGGGAGCGGGGUAAAAAGCUUUACUAUGAGAACAACUUUGUAAUGGCAACAAUGUGCUUUGAAAGAGCUGGUGAUACAAUUUGGGAGAAAUUGGCUAAAGCUUCUGGACUUAGAGCAAUUGCUGAUCAGAUGCAAGGAACAAAUCCUGAAGCUUAUUUUGGUUACCUUAGAGAAGCAGCAGAAAUGUUUGAAUCUAUUGGAAAACUUGAGUCUGCAGCUUCUUGUUAUUGUGAUUUGAGGGAGUAUGAAAGAGCUGGGAAGAUUUAUUUGGAGAAGUGUGGAAAGAUUAAUGAAGCAGCAGAGUGUUUCUUACUAGCAGGGUGCUAUAGUGAUGCAGCUGAAGCUUACUCAAAAGGAGAUCAGUUUGCUAAUUGUCUAUCUGCUUGUAAAAAGGGGGAGCUUUUUGAUAAAGGCAUGCAGUAUAUAGAAUACUGGAAAGAGCAUGUGAUUGUUAGAAGCAAAGAAAUUGAAAAGAUCGAACAAGAGUUUUUGGAGAGUUGUGCUCUUGAUUACCAUGAGCGCAAAGAUUCUAAAUCCAUGAUGAAAUUUGUUAGAUGCUUCUGUUCUAUGGAAUCAAAACGUGUAUUCUUGAAGUCGAAAGGCUGCUUUGAUGAACUUUUGUUGUUGGAAGAAGAAUCUGGUUGUUUUCUUGAAGCUGCAGAGCUUGUUAGGUCAUGGGGUGAUGUUUUAAAAGAAGUUGAUUUGCUAGGGAAAGCUGGAAACUUUAAGGAUGCAGCAUCACUUAUCAUCUGGGAGCUUAAACUACUCUCUGAUCAACAAAGUAACAUGUCAGAGCUAAAGAGAAACUUACAAUCUUCCCAACAAAACAAUUGUUUGAGAGGCGAAAUCUUGUCCAAUAGGAAAAUCUUGGAAGCCCAUCUUUCUUUAAAUUCUUCAAAGUAUGAUUGGGAGGAUGAAUUACCUGUUGAUAUUAACAAGCAUUGUGACGAAAAGAUCUUGCAAAACCAAGUAUCUGUAAGAACUUUGGUUUUUUGUUGGGAUCUAUGGAAAGAGAACAUCAUGGGUAUCUUUGAAACUCUUGAAAGUUUUGAAAAUGCAGAAGCUGAUGAAAACAAUAAGCAUGUUGAUUUUGUUUUGAAUUAUUUUGGAGUUAGAAAACAGAGUGUAAAAGGAAACACACUUUACUUGUUAGUCAACAAAGAUGCAAGUUGGGUGAGAAACUCUGGGAACAAAGGUGUUUUUAAAGAUGGGAAACGUGUAAAUAUUGGUAGCAAACAGUUGGUUGUUGCUAUUCGGUCUUAUUGGCAAGUUGAAUUGCUUUCUGUGGGGAUAAAAGUCCUCCAAACUCUUGAAGCUCUGUAUAAGUUGAAGACAAAUGGCUCUUCAUUUCAUCAAAGCUCAUGUCUUCUUCACAUUUUUGAGGUUUCCAAGUUUCUUUUAGACUCUUCGUAUCUCAAACUCACACAUCAUCAUACAAAGACACUCGAACAAUUUCUUCGAAUCUCCAUGUCUUACUUUGACAUUGUGUUUCCUUUAGACUGGAGAAAAUCAAUCUCUAGAGAAUUGAUUUCUCUACGUGAAACCUAUCUUUCCCUCAAUUUGCUUGAAGAUCUGAUUCUUCAAAAUCUACACAAAAAGAGUGAGCUCUCUUAUUCAACAAUUGGGAUUAUGAUGAUGAUAUGUUUUGGUUCCCAAAAACCUGUUACACUUUACAAAAAGAUCAUCACUGGGAUUCAGUGGAAUCCCACAUGGAAGUCAUUUGUUCAAGAGUUUCUCUCCAACAAUCCAGUUGUUUCUGGAAGCUAUUCACGUUUUAUCUUGAAUGAUGCAUAUUUUGCUCCACAACUUCAGGAUGCUUUGGAAGAUGUUUAUAGAGCAAACUGGAGAUCUCUUGGAUACAUAUCACCUCAUAGUUUUGUGUAUCUUUUGGAUUAUCUUCUUUUCAUGACAUCUUUUUCUCAAGGAAUGUUUUUCACUACAAGAUCUUCUUUUCUUGCAUGGCUUCCAACUCUUGGAUCUACUUCCACUCAAAGUAUAACUCUUUCAGCAUCUCAACAGAUGUUUCCACAGCAAACUGUUGUCUUUUUUGUUCAAACAAUCCAAGAAAUUCUCUACAAUAAAGUGGACACUGGAGCAUGGAUAAGAAGUUCAAAUGUUAAUCCUGCUUAUUAUCAUCCACUUUUAGUGUUGAAACUUGUCAUGAUGCUGUCUUUAAUCUGUCUGAAAGUAUCAGAUUGCUCUGAGGUGCUACUUAAUUUGUUGUUGGGAAGAAACAAUAUUGCUUAUUUGCUUCCACAGAAGUUUGUGUCUAUAGUUCUUAGGAGAAGAAAAGGGCGUUACUUGAACUUGAAUCCAGAUGUUGUUGCAGAAGCAUUUAUGAGCAUCAAUGAUCCUUUAAUGGCAGUUGUUAGUGCAGAAGAUGUAAGCCGAAAAAUCAAUGUUCCUUAUGCUAUAUUUGUGGAUCUUAGGACAUCAAAGGAAGAGAUAAUGAAUGUAUUAUUCCCAAGGAAAAGCAUACAAAUUAGUCAACCUUCUUCAAAGAAUGUUGGUGUUGGGACAAUUUUUGAAGAAAAACAAUCUGCUAAACUGAAUGUGAAAUCUUUGAAUUGGAGAAAUCUUGAAGAAAUAUCUGAAUCUUUGAAGCAGAAGAAGGGAGAGGCGUUGAACUUAUCAUCUGUUGUGAUAAAGAAAGAAUUGGACAAAGAUAUACACACAUUGGCUACUGUUCUUGAAGAUGAAAAGUCCAAUGCUGGAGAAGAUACAAUAGGCAAAGUAACUGGUGCACUUGGUGAACUGAAAGUGCUUUCUUGUGCAUUUGAUACAAGUGAACAUAAAGAGAAGCAUGGUGUUUUCACUAAUGAGGCAAUGAAGACUUUGCAAUUGGUUGUGGAGCAUCUACAAGGUAAUAGGCCAUUGAUAGAUGAUUUCUUGAACAAAACUCAAGACUCGAAGGUUGUGCAAAAGGUAGUUUCAGAAAGCAGCAACACAAGUGAGGUGCAUCAGGAGGAGGAUCAUGCUACUGAUUCACAGGUGGACAUGGUGGAAGAAGAACAAAGCAAUGAUGGUAAUACUCAGGAUUCAAAAACCAAGAAAGGAAAGGGAAAGAAGAAGGCGAAGAAUAGCAAUGUUGAAUCAAUGGUGGAUUCGGUUGUAGAAAAACAAAGCACUAGUGGUAACAAUCAGGAUCCAAAAAACAAGAAAGGGAAGGGAAAUAACAAGGGGAAGAACAAGGGUAAAAAGGGCAAAGGCAAGAAUAAAUAACAUGUUUAGUUGGAUGGAUGUGUUAUCUAGCUACUGUAGUGUUUUGGUUCUAAAACUUUUUGUUUUUUUGGUGUUACUGAAAAGAAGCCUUGAUUCCUAAUCUUUUAAAUAGGAAAGAUGCAUAUAUGAAAUGAAAGUGUUUGUCUACCUCUUAAGGAAGGUACUUAUUCACUGCUUCCAUUAAACUUGAAGUGCUGCUAUUUUACUUAUUAUAGCAAUGCAGUUGUAAAUACCAAAUAUUUUUGCAUCUUUUGGAUUAACAAAAAAUAACAGUGUACUCUUAUAACACUGUAAUUACCUUUCUUUGUAGUACAUUCUUUUGAAAACUAAGUUAUCG